AUGAAGAUCAUUAUCGUUCUCGCCACACUCGUGGUUGUGCUUUUCGCUGGGUCCUGGAAAAUGGAGACUCGCUCGACGGGAUCUUUCAUAGCCCAUUUCUUCAAUGACAUUUUCAGUGAGUUCUGCAGCAUAGUCAUUCCUCUUUCAGUCCAGGACCUCGUUAUGGCCUUUGACACCCGGUCGUCGGACUUCUGGGUGGUCGACGCAACUUGCUCCACAAGAGUUUGCAGUGGCUACUUCGGCAUAGAGAAGUUGUUCAGCAGACACAAAUUCGACACCACGAGAUCGUCAACGUUGUCCAGAGUGAACACCGCAAUCAUAGUUUUAUACGGUUCUGGAUGGUAUGAUGGACCGCUCGUAAAAGAUACCAUCUCCUUAGCCGGUGUGACAAUCCAACAGCAAGCGUUCUUCAGUGCAGAAGAUAUAGCUGAGAUUUUUGGCUACAUGCGUUUAGACGGCAUCAUUGGCCUUGCUUGGCCAGCGCUUUCCAUGAGCAAUGCUACCACACCAAUACAAAACCUCCUCUCAAACCUCGAUGACCUCAUCUUCACCGUCUGGUUGAACACAACGGUAAAUUAUGCUAUGAAAAGCGCGUUCUUCAAUGGUCUCUUCGAAAACAUGGGAUCCCCUUUGGACUUCAGCAAUAACGGCCUUAUCACCUUUGGAGGCAUCGACACCGCCAACUGCAAUUCAGAUAUACACUACGUGCCACUGAGCGCGGAAAAGUACUGGGAGUUCACUAUUGAAGACUUUUCUAUUGGUAGUUUUUCGAGGAGAAGAGCAAAUAAGGCUAUCUCCGACAUCAGUACUUCGUGGAUCGGUGCACCAUUUUCUGUUGUUGAGGCAGUGGUUAGUCAGACAAGGGCAAUAUAUAACACUGAGUACAAAUUCUACAGUGUUGACUGCUCGACGAUGAUGGCACAACCCGAUUUGGAGUUUACCAUCAACGGCGUCGAGUACAACGUACCAUCCAAGCAGUACGUGAUCGACAUUGAAAUUGGAGAUGGAAAGUGCGCUCUCGCCUUGUUCGAGGUUGACUCCGGAACUACUGGAUACGAGUGGAUUCUCGGUGCACCUUGGAUCCGCACCUACUGUAAUAUCUAUGACGUCGGUCGGAAGCGUGUCGGUUUCGCCAAGGCCAAACAGCAGGAAUAA